AUGCCCAGCCAAACUUCCGUCGAAAUCCAACCUUUCGAGAAGACCGAUAUCCGGGAAGCCGUCCUCCUCGGCCAGGUGGCCUUCGCAGAAACCAACCGGCUAGCGUACACAGGCCCGCUAAGCCCAAGCUCCAUCGACGCGAUGGUGGCGCAGCGCGAAGCAUCCGCCGACACAGAGCCGCACGUCACGACCUUCAAGGCUGUCGAUGUCUCAACGGGGAAGAUGGUCGGGUUAGCGCGGUGGGCUAUCUGGGAGACGGACCAGGUCGUGGAGAAAUCGGUCGACGAGGUCGUACGUGACAGACUCAGCGCCCCUGUCGCCGAAAGGCGAGACGAAGUUGCGCGGGCAAUGUGGACGCUUGUGCAGGUGGGGAAAAGGGAGAUCCUGGGCGUUGGGAAGAUUGAGGGGAACGAGAAGGGCAUCAAGCUCAGGAAGCGGAUCGAGCUUGAGGCUCUCUGUGUGCAUCCGGAUUAUCAAGGGCGGGGAAUAGCGAAGAGGUUCCUGGCGUGGGGGGUGGGUGAGGCGGAGAUGUUGGGACUGGACGUCUACCUUGAGGCGACGGAGGCUGGGAGGCCGGUGUAUGAGAAGACCGGGUUCCAGGCGGUUCGGAAGGAGGAGUUCGGGCUUGAUGGGAUUGGCGAGACCUCGCUCACGUUCAUGAUUCUGCCGGCGAAAGCGGUUUCUGAGGUCAAAGAUGAGUUGUAG